CUUUUUUUUAAAGCUUUUCCGUUUGUAAUCUCCGAGAGGCCCCACAACAGCAAUCAUUCUCGUUCCAAACAAGAAGGAAGCUUCGUCACUGAGAGAGAAUAACAGAUCUUGUGGGGAGUCUGGAGAUAGCCAGAGAGUAAGAAUAGAAACCCUGGAGUUUGUUAGAGCUUAUUAAUUCAUCUUAGCCUAUGCCCUCUUCCAGAAAUCACCUUCUCUUCAAUGUCUCUGUCUCUGGUGUCCAUUCUAUCAUCCGGAAGUGAUUUGAAUAUUCUUGUGUGCACUGCUUUUGCCAUUGAUUUUUAAUUCAGGAACCAUGUCUGCGUACGCCCAUGAAAUGGAGCGGGAGAUCUCAGCCCGAAGUCUCUCCAGUAGAAAUUCUGAGAUGGGAAGCCGGUAUGUGAUGGAAUCAGGGUUCUACAUGACGUCUUUUGCUGCAACGAUCUUCAUUGCUUCACUUGUAACUGUAGGGGUUUUAUUAAUCACUUUGCUGAUUGCAUUAACAGUAAUGUUGCAAUCUUGUCAGAGUAAGAGUUCAGGGGUUGUUGAGAUUCAGAAAACAGUCAAUGAUUACAAUGGUUGCAAGUUUUUUGCUCUGUAUGCAGAGCUCAACAUCUUUGAAGCAGAUGAAAUCCCUUCAACUUGCCAGGCUUUUGCUAUUUGGUAUAUUAAAGCUGGUCAAUAUGCCAAAGAUUUAAAUGCUACCAUGCUGGUGGUUGAGAAUUACUUCAGUAGCAUUACACCGCCAAAUGAUGGUCUUGAUGUCGUAUUGAUGGACAUAGAUGACAUUCUUUCCUCAGAUCCUCACCAUAAUAAUCUAUUAAUGCACAGAUUUGAUCAGCUCGGUUGUCGUGAUUGUGUCGAAGAGGCUACGCAUCUGAAGCACCUCCUUAUAUUUAGAUUAUACAUGAAACUUCAAGCUGGCGGGUGGCCUUUGGUUUUGUUAUCAAGAAGGUCUGUGAUACAAAAGAAUGCCACUGUAGGGUAUCUUAUUUCUGCAGGAUACAGUGGUUGGACCUCAUUGAUUAUGAGAUCAGACGAUGAACUGCAAAUGGAUGCCUGUCAGUACUUCUCUACGCGAAGGGCUCUAAUGCAAAGAGAUGGUUUCCAAAUAACAGGUGUGAUAAGCAGCCGCAUGGAUGCUUUAACUGGCCCAUUUUUAGGAAAGCGUAUUUUUAAGCUUCCAAAUGCUAUAUAUUACAAUCUUGAGAGCACAUCUAUUUCAGAAUAGAUUAGUUCAUGGCUAAAAAUUCUUUGGGAGUUUCCGUUUGUAAACUCGAUUCAGAGAUCUCCAAUUUAGUUGAUAAUUGUUAUUAUCAGAUAUUUGUAUAUAUUUGUUCAAUCUUUUCAUAUAUUAUAAUGAAGUGACUUAAAGAACAAUAGAGUUCAACCAGAAGAAUAUGUCGAUGGAUGAGUGAGUUACUGCUGACAGAAGAAAGAAGGCCAUUAGGCAUGGUUGACAACUCCAGGACGUACUUUCCACACAACCCGGAAAAUACAUGGUUGACAGGCACCUGAGGCUAGAAGUAGUGCAGAGGUUUGACCACCAGUGGUGCAAAUAACACCCCCUGGAUGAGUCGAGGUGAAUCUGUGCCGCCCGCACUAGCUUGGGGAUUCAAGGAGGUGUGGUUGGAGGCUCAUCUGCAUAUCUAAAAACAACCUGUUACUUGUAUGAAUUUGAGGUCGGUCAAAUUACCAUUGUUCCUCUUAUGCCUAGUCAAAACUUCUAUGCAUCCAGCGUGUUUAUUGUCCCAUCCAAGAUAAUUUCUAAUUUGUAAGUAAGCUACAGUUCCUUAGAA